GAUAAACUGCCAAUAAACACAACAAAGAGGAAGAGAAAUUCUCGGCGAUUGAGUAGUAAUUUUUAGCUAUUAAAGUUGUGUAAUUAGUUGUUUCUGACAGCAGAUGCAGGCAGACAUGUACCGCUGCAUGGCAAGGCUAGCUGAGCAGCGUUGGCAGUGCUCAGUCCGUUGUAUGAGCUCUGCAGCCAGGAAGAGGAAGGCUCUGCGCAGUGCCUUCCAGGUGCUGGAGCAGCCCCUGCAGCCCAUCCACCAACAUGUGUAUGAAGCUAAUCUCCGAAACAGCAACACCUGCCAUAAGAAGUACACAGAGUUGAGUGAGAAGGUAAGGAAAGGGGGAGGGGAAAAUGCCAUCACCAGACACACCCAGAGAAACAGGAAGUUGCUGGUCAGGGAUCGGCUGCGCCUCCUGUUUGAUGAUGAGGACUUCCUUGAGCUGUCACCAUUAGCUGGUCUAGGUUUGCCGUACGGGGACAUCCCUUCAGCCGGCUGCCUAACUGGCAUUGGCAGGAUCAAUGGUCUGUGGUGUGUAUUUAUUGCCAACGAUGCCACAGUGAAAGGCGGCACAGCGUAUCCAAUCACAGUGAAGAAGCAGCUACGGGCACAGGAAGUGGCGAUUCAGAACCGCCUGCCUUGUGUUUACCUGGUCGACUCUGGAGGAGCUUUUCUACCACUGCAGUCAGAGAUCUUUCCUGAUAAGAACCAGGGAGGAAGGACGUUCUAUAACGAAGCCAUCAUGUCUUCCAUGAAGAUCCCACAGGUGUCGGUGGUGUGUGGGUCGUGCACAGCGGGUGGAGCUUACAUCCCCACUAUGGCAGAAGAGGCAGUGAUGGUGCACCGGAUAGGGACCAUAUUCCUGGGAGGACCGCCACUUGUCAAGGCCGCCACGGGCGAGGAAGUCACACCAGAGGACCUGGGAGGAGCCAGGCUUCAUGCUGAGGUGAGUGGCUGUGUGGACUAUUUCGCCUGGGAAGAAAAGGAGGCGUACGAUUACACCAGAAACAUCAUAUCCACCCUCAACUUCCAACUGCCCGAGGAAGAGGAGGAGGAUGAGGAGAAGACGAAGAAGCGAAAAGCAGAGGAGGAGCCGCUGUACAGUUCGGAGGAGCUUCUGGGGCUCGCUCCUAGAAGUUAUAACUACAGUCUGGAUGUUAAAAUGGUAGUCAGUCGGCUGACAGACGGGAGCCGCUUCCAGGAGUUCAAAGCUCGCUAUGGAACCACACUCAUCACUGGCUUUGCAAAGAUACAUGGGUUUCCUGUCUGGCAAGACAGUGUUUAUACACACCACCUGGUGGGAAUAGUAGCCAACAACGGAGAACUGUCAUACCAGGCCGCACUGAAAGGCAGCCAUUUUGUCCAGUUGUGUGACCAGAGAGACAUCCCCCUCCUCUUCCUCCAGAACACAGCACCAACAGCAGCUCUAACACUCUCUACAACACAGGCAGAGAUGAACAGUAACCGUCUGAAGGCUCAGGGUUCAAUGAUGUCAGCAGUAGCGUGUGCCUCCGUCCCCAAAAUCACUGUGGUGAUUGGUGGUUGCCAUGGUGCUGACAGCUACGCCAUGUGUGGGCGGGCCUUUGACCCUAAUUUCCUGUUCCUGUGGCCCAACGCCAGAGUGGCGAUGAUGGCUCCAGGUCAUGCUGGCUCGCUGCUUCCCCCUGACAGUGAGCAGGAGGACAAUUUAAAUAGGACAUUGAAGGUGGAGAGCUCAGCUUUCUUCUCCUCCAGCAGGCUCUGGGACGAUGGAGUCAUUCUGCCUCAGGACACCAGGAGGGUUCUCAGAGACUGCCUGGACAUCAUCAAACAGCAGCAGUAUCAGCUUUCCACAGAGAAACUGCAGUCAACACUUCUGCGUAUGUAGAGGCCUCUGUCUUUCUUCGCCUUGCUUCCUCUGGACACUUUAAACAUCUGUCCAUCACUGAGAUUUAACUGCUGCUGAAGCCCAUUGGUAAUCUGUGUCUGUAUCUCUGGCUUGUACCCAUGCUAACACUUCAGCAUACAGUAUGAUUAGUAAUUGUAGGAUUAUACCAAAGUCAUAAAAUUAAAACUUGUAGCAGCUCUUGAAAAGUCGUAUCGACCAGCAACUAACAGUCUGCAAGGAAAUAUUAAUUUAAAUUUUUUUGUCAAUUUUACAUUAUGCUUUUAAUCUAUCAUCUGAUUCAUCAUUGAUUACUCACUUCAUAUUUAAUGUAUUUUAUCAUAGGUCAUAUAUAUAAAGUUAUUAUGUUUUGAUUACACACGUCAUAUAAUAAAAAUUCAUGUCAAAUACUGAAUGCAAAAAGGUGUUAGCAUGGCCAAUGUAUGGAAAUAUUUACAGCAGAUACAAUGGCAGCUAUAUAGCACAUGUCAAAGAUGGCACAGAGGCAAUUCAAAGUGCUUUACACUGGCAAAGAAAAGCAUUAGAAUGACAUACAAAACAAUAAGCAAUAAAAACCAGAAGAAAAUCAAUUAAGAUAGAAGAAAAAUAAAUGAAAGAUGAUUUCAUUGUCCAUCCUAAUGAACCAAACCCCUUUUUUUUAAAGGUGGUAGAUACCUUCAAAGCUCCCACAAAAUGUUAUCAUUGCUUCCUUAAACCUGCAUAAAUUGAUUUUUAUGCAGCACAAGAAUCUGUAAACACAACAUCGCCGUAUUAUAACAUUAAAAACCUUAAGAACAGUUUAUAGGAGAUAAUGAACAUUGUGAUUGUCUAAUUUUUGCACAUGGCACAGAGAUGUUUUGACAUGUUUUUAAUUCACACUGUUUUUAUCUGGAAAAUACUGGAUGGAAAUGUGUUUUCAUAGAAAUGUAUCUUUUUAUUUAUCUUGUUCUCUACCUCUCUUCUAGCUCUUGUGUCAAAAACAGUCAAGAGAUAAAAGAUUAGAAGCUGCUCUCCAAAAGCAGCUCAUAGGAGCGUUAACCUGUGGCAUUUAUUUUACAGUAAUUACUGUCAAAACAACUACACUGUAAUAAGAUUCCACAAAAUAUUUUGUAUUUAAUUGUAACUCUUGCUUUACAAGCAUAAUGUCACAAAUGUGCAGGUGCUAUUGGGUUUUUGCUACAAGGUUUUUAACAAAAGCAAAGUAAACUGUGAAGUAAACUCA